AUGGACCAGGAAAGAAUUUUGGAAGAGAAGGCUCGCAAGUGGCAAUCGUUGCAGUCAAAGCGCUAUGGCGACAAAAGGAAAUUUGGUUACGUUGAGGCUCAAAAAGAGGAUCUUCCCGCAGAACAUUUGCGUAAAAUCAUCAAGGAUCAUGGUGAUAUGACUAGCAAAAAGUUCAGGCACGACAAGCGUGUAUACCUCGGUGCGUUGAAGUACGUUCCUCACGCAGUUCUCAAAUUGCUCGAGAAUAUGCCUAUGCCAUGGGAGCAGGUUCGUAACGUCAAUGUUCUAUACCAUCUUACUGGUGCUAUCACCUUCGUCAACGAAAUUCCCAAAGUGAUUGAACCCGUAUUUAUCGCACAAUGGGGAACAAUGUGGAUUAUGAUGCGACGUGAGAAGCGUGAUCGAAGACACUUCAGAAGGAUGCGCUUUCCACCUUUUGACGAUGAGGAACCUCCUCUGGACUUUGGAGACAAUAUCCUAGAUGUCGAACCGCUUGAAGCCAUCCAGAUGGAGCUCGAUGAGGAUGAAGAUGCACCAGUUAUCGAUUGGUUGUAUGAUGGUAGCUAUCCCUUGCGAUACACCAAGUUCGUCAACGGACCGUCCUAUCGAUCAUGGCGUUUGAAUGUCCCUAUCAUGGGAACCCUCUACCGUUUGGCUUCUCAAUUGCUGUCGGAUCUUACAGAUAGGAACUACUUCUAUCUUUUCGAUCUGCCAUCUUUUUAUACUGCCAAGGCUCUCAAUGUCGCGAUUCCUGGAGGUCCGAAAUUCGAACCUUUGUAUCGCGAUGACAACGUUGAUGAGGAGGACUGGAAUGAAUUCAAUGACAUCAACAAGAUUAUUGUUCGCCAGCAGAUUCGAACGGAAUACAGGGUUGCAUUCCCAUAUCUGUACAAUUCGCGACCAAGGAAAGUGCACAUGGGCGUCUACCAUUACCCGACAUGCACUUACAUCAAGGCUGAAGACCCAGACCUGCCUUGCUUUUACUUCGACCCAUUGAUCAAUCCUAUCGCAAAUUACAAGUCUACGGUGCGAUCCGAGGUGGAGUUGGAGGACUUGGAUGAAGACUUUCAGCUUCCAGAAGAAGUGCAACCAUUCUUGACCAACACUCCGCUGUACACGGACAAUACCGCCAACGGCAUCGCGCUGUACUGGGCUCCUCAUCCUUUUGAUAAGAGGUCUGGUGUGACGCGCCGAUGCGUUGACGUUCCUUUGGUUAAGGAAUGGUAUCAAGAGCACUGUCCACCAAAUCAUCCUGUGAAGGUUCGAGUCAGCUAUCAGAAGCUGCUCAAGUGCUACGUUUUGAACAGAUUACAUCAUAGGCAUCCGAAGGCCCUAAACAAACGAUAUUUGUUUAAAAUUCUUAGGUCUACCAAGUUUUUCCAAACUACUCAGAUUGACUGGGUAGAAGCUGGACUUCAGGUUUGCCGUCAAGGAUACAACAUGCUCAAUCUGCUCAUCCACAGGAAAAAUUUGAACUACUUACAUCUUGAUUACAACUUCAACUUGAAGCCUAUCAAGACCCUUACCACCAAAGAGCGCAAAAAAUCCCGUUUUGGAAAUGCGUUCCAUCUUUGCAGAGAAAUUCUCCGCUUGACGAAAAUUAUUGUGGAUAGCAACGUCCAGUUUCGAUUGGGGAAUGUGGACGCUUUUCAGCUUGCUGAUGGAUUGCAGUACACUUUUGCACAUGUUGGUCAGCUCACUGGCAUGUAUCGCUACAAGUAUCGAUUGAUGAGGCAGAUCAGGAUGUGUAAAGAUUUGAAGCACCUCAUUUAUUAUCGAUUCAACACAGGACCGGUCGGCAAAGGCCCUGGAUGUGGAUUUUGGGCUCCGGGAUGGCGUGUGUGGCUGUUCUUUCUCCGAGGUGUGGUACCCUUGUUGGAGAGGUGGCUUGGCAAUCUCCUUGCUCGACAAUUCGAGGGCAGACACAGCAAGGGUAUUGCUAAAACGGUCACGAAGCAGCGUGUCGAAUCCCACUAUGACCUUGAACUACGUGCUGCUGUCAUGCAUGAUAUUCUUGACAUGAUGCCCGAGGGUGUCAAGCAGAACAAGAGCAAAACCAUUCUCCAGCAUUUGAGCGAGGCAUGGCGAUGCUGGAAAGCCAACAUUCCAUGGAAAGUUCCAGGAAUGCCGAUUCCGAUUGAGAACAUGAUUCUGAGGUACGUGAAAGCCAAGGCUGAUUGGUGGACGAAUGUUGCUCACUACAACCGAGAGCGUAUUCGACGAGGUGCCACUGUUGACAAAACUGUCUGCAAGAAGAAUCUUGGCCGUCUCACUCGUUUGUGGCUCAAGGCAGAACAGGAGCGUCAGCACAACUACUUGAAGGACGGUCCUUAUCUGAGUGCAGAAGAGGCAGUUGCAAUCUACACAACAACGGUUCAUUGGUUGGAAAGCCGUAAGAUUACUCCAAUCAUUUUCCCUCCGUUGAAUUACAAGCAUGACACGAAGCUUCUCAUUCUUGCGCUGGAGCGCUUGAAGGAAUCAUAUAGUGUGAUGAGCCGCUUGAAUCAAUCUCAGCGUGAAGAGCUCGGACUGAUUGAGCAAGCUUACGAUAAUCCACAUGAGGCUUUGAGCAGGAUCAAACGUCAUUUGCUCCAGCAAAGGACCUUCAAGGAAGUCGGAAUUGAAUUCAUGGAUCUCUAUUCUCACAUGAUUCCUGUCUACGAUGUGGAGCCUUUGGAGAAGAUCACUGAUGCAUACCUCGAUCAAUACAUUUGGUACCAGGCUGAUAAGAGUCGUCUGUUCCCCAACUGGGUGAAGCCUGCAGACACUGAACCUCCUCCGCUUCUUGUGUACAAGUGGUGCCAGGGAGUCAACAAUCUUGAGGAUGUUUGGGACUACAGCAAUGGAGAGGCAAAUGUCAUGAUUGAGACUCAAUUCGAAAAAGUGUAUGAGAAGAUUGAUCUUACGUUGCUCAAUCGUUUGCUGCGCCUUAUUGUCGAUCACAACAUUGCAGAGUACAUGACAGCUAAGAACAACGUUUUGUUGAACUACAAGGAUAUGAACCAUCUUAAUUCUUAUGGUCUCAUCCGUGGACUUCAGUUUGCCUCUUUCAUCUUCCAGUAUUAUGGCUUGGUGCUGGAUCUUCUGGUGCUGGGACUCACGAGGGCAAGUGAAAUUGCUGGAACUCCGAUGAAACCGAACGAUUUCUUAUGCUACGAUUCUAUUGCAACGGAGGUAAAACAUCCUAUCCGCCUGUACUGUCGCUACAUUGAAAGGGUAUACAUUGUCUUCCGUUUCACACACGAGGAGCAAAAGGAUCUGAUUCAGCGCUUCUUGAGUGAACAUCCCGAUCCUAACAAUGAGAACGUGAUUGGUUACAACAACAAGAAAUGCUGGCCGCGCGAUGCGAGAAUGAGGUUGAUGAAACAUGAUGUGAAUCUUGGUAGGGCUGUGUUCUGGCACAUCAAGAAUCAGCUUCCUCGUUCGGUUACUACAGUGGAAUGGGAAAACAGCUUCGUCUCAGUUUAUAGCAAGGACAAUCCUAACUUGUUGUUCAACAUGUGUGGUUUCGAAGUGAGAAUCCUUCCCAAGUGCAGAAUGCUGCAAGAAGACUUCAGCCACAGAGAUGGCGUGUGGAAUCUUCAAAAUGAAACGACGAAAGAGAGGACCGCACAAGCAUACUUGCGAGUGGAUGAAGAAUCGCAGAAGAAAUUCGAAAAUCGCAUCAGGCAAAUUUUGAUGUCGUCUGGCUCCACCACUUUCACGAAAAUUGCAAAUAAGUGGAAUACCGCUGUCAUUGGUUUGAUGACAUACUUUCGCGAAGCUGUCAUCCAUACAACAGAGUUGCUGGACUUGUUGGUGAAGUGCGAGAACAAGAUUCAGACUCGUAUCAAGAUCGGCUUGAACAGCAAGAUGCCUUCAAGGUUCCCGCCAGUGGUGUUCUACACACCCAAAGAGUUGGGUGGCCUUGGUAUGCUUUCCAUGGGACAUGUCCUCAUACCACAGAGCGACCUGAGGUUCUCCAAGCAGACUGAUGGUGGCAUCACUCAUUUUCGGUCUGGUCUCACUCACGAUGAAGAUCAAAUGAUCCCCAAUCUCUACAGGUAUGUCCAGCCUUGGGAAAGUGAGUUUCUUGAUUCACAGAGAGUAUGGGCUGAAUAUGCACUGAAGAGGCAAGAGGCAAACGCACAGAACCGACGUCUUACUUUGGAAGAUCUUGAGGAUUCUUGGGACAGAGGCAUUCCCAGAAUCAACACUUUGUUUCAAAAAGAUCGUCACACCUUGGCUUACGACAAGGGUUGGAGAAUCAGAACUGAUUGGAAGCAAUAUCAGCUGUUGAAAGCGAAUCCCUUCUGGUGGACUCACCAGAGACACGAUGGCAAGUUGUGGAAUCUGAACAAUUACAGAACCGAUGUCAUCCAAGCGCUUGGAGGAGUUGAGGGCAUUCUGGAGCAUACUUUGUUCAAGGGAACAUAUUUCCCCACAUGGGAAGGUCUGUUCUGGGAGAAAGCAAGCGGCUUUGAGGAAUCUAUGAAAUAUAAGAAACUCACUAAUGCCCAGCGCUCUGGUUUGAAUCAGAUUCCAAACAGGCGCUUCACUCUUUGGUGGUCCCCAACAAUCAACCGUGCGAAUGUAUACGUCGGCUUCCAAGUGCAAUUGGAUUUGACUGGAAUCUUCAUGCAUGGAAAGAUCCCCACUCUCAAGAUCUCUCUCAUUCAGAUUUUUCGUGCACAUCUUUGGCAGAAGAUACAUGAGAGCGUUGUCAUGGACUUGUGUCAAGUUUUGGACCAGGAGUUGGAUGCUUUGGAGAUUGAAACCGUGCAGAAAGAGACAAUCCACCCCCGCAAGAGCUACAAGAUGAACAGCAGUUGUGCUGACAUUUUGCUGUUUGCUGCCUACAAGUGGCACAUCUCAAAGCCUUCGUUGCUCACUGAUUCUAACGAUCAGUUUGACCAAGGCACCACAAACAAGUACUGGAUUGACGUUCAGUUGCGCUGGGGUGACUUUGACUCCCAUGAUAUCGAGAGAUACGCCAGAGCCAAGUUUCUAGACUACACCACGGACAACAUGUCCAUUUAUCCUUCUCCUACCGGCAGUCUGAUCUCCAUCGACUUGGCUUACAAUUUGUUCUCUGCCUUUGGCAACUGGUUUCCUGGAGUGAAGCCGCUACUCCAUCAGGCAAUGCAAAAGAUUUUCAAGGCUAAUCCUGCAUUGUAUGUGUUGAGAGAGAGGAUUCGCAAAGGUCUACAGCUGUAUUCGUCAGAGCCGACGGAGCCAUAUUUGUCCUCACAGAAUUAUGGUGAGCUGUUCUCCAAUCAAAUCAUUUGGUUUGUUGACGAUACCAACGUUUAUCGAGUCACCAUCCACAAAACUUUCGAGGGUAACUUGACAACCAAGCCUAUCAAUGGUGCCAUUUUCAUCUUCAAUCCAAGGUCCGGUCAGCUGUUCCUCAAGAUCAUCCACACGAGUGUCUGGGCUGGACAAAAGCGUCUUGGACAGCUUGCGAAGUGGAAGACUGCGGAGGAGGUUGCGGCUUUGAUUCGUUCAUUGCCCAUCGAAGAGCAGCCUAAGCAAAUCAUCGUUACUCGCAAGGGUAUGCUUGAUCCGUUGGAGGUUCACUUGUUGGACUUCCCCAACAUUGUCAUCAAGGGAAGUGACUUGCAGUUGCCCUUCCAAGCCAGUUUGAAGAUUGAGAAAUUUGGAGACAUCAUUCUCAAGGCAACAGAGCCUCAGAUGUUGUUGUUCAACUUGUACGAUGACUGGCUCCGUACAAUUUCCAGCUACACGGCGUUUUCACGAUUGAUUUUGAUUCUGAGAGCAUUGCAUGUAAAUAACGAACGGGCCAAAGUCAUUCUGAAACCAGACAAGACAACUGUUACUGAGCCGCAUCAUGUUUGGCCUACACUUUCGGAUGAGAAUUGGUGCAGCGUCGAAGUCGCCUUGAAGGAUCUGAUCCUUGCCGACUACGGCAAGAAGAACAACGUCAACGUUGCAUCUUUGACUCAGAGUGAAAUUCGUGAUAUCAUUCUUGGAGCUGAAAUUGCUCCUCCUUCUAUGCAGAGGCAGCAGAUUGCAGAGAUCGAAGCUCAGGCGAAGGAGGCCAGCCAGUUGACUGCGGUGACCACUCGCACCACGAAUGUGCAUGGUGACGAAGUGAUCAUCACUACGACCUCAUCGUACGAGCAGCAGGUCUUUGGAUCGAAGACUGAUUGGCGCGUGAGGGCGAUUUCUGCCACCAACUUGCACUUGAGAUGCAACCACAUCUACGUCUCGUCGGAGGAUGCGCGCGACACUGGCUUCACCUACGUGCUGCCCAAGAACGUGUUGAAGAAAUUCAUCUGCAUUGCAGACCUCAGGACUCAGAUUGCUGGUUAUCUCUACGGCAUCAGCCCGCCGGACAAUCCUUCAGUGAAGGAGAUCCGUUGUAUCGUGAUGCCUCCACAGCUAGGGAACCACCAGGGAGUUACUCUCCCCCACCAGCUUCCUGAGCACGAGUACCUCAAGGACCUGGAGCCCCUUGGCUGGCUGCAUACUCAACCCAACGAGCUUCCUCAGCUCGCACCGCAAGAUGUCACACAACAUGCGUGCAUCCUUGAGAACAACAAAGUGUGGGAUAUCGAGAAGGCCAUUCUCAUCACGUGCUCCUUCACCCCAGGCUCUUGCUCUCUCACUGCCUACAAGUUGACUACGACUGGCUUUGAGUGGGGAAGGAAGAACAAGGAUCAGAGCUCCAACCCUCAAGGAUAUGCUCCGACACACUACGAGAAGGUCCAGAUGCUCCUUUCCGAUCGCUUCCUCGGCUUCUACAUGGUGCCGGACACAGGAUCUUGGAACUAUAACUUCAUGGGCGUAAAGCAUCAGCAGAGCAUGAAGUAUGGCCUCAAGCUCGACAACCCCAAGGAGUUCUACCAUGAGAGCCAUCGCCCUGUUCACUUCCUGCAGUUCGCUUCCUUCGAAGACCUGGGUGCGGAAGGGCACGACCGUGACAACUCGCUUGCCUAAGGAACACGAGACAACUAGUCAAGUGGAUUGGAGAGAAAGACUAGUCAUGUCGUCAUGGUUUCAUGUCAAUAAACUUUUAAUGAUUCACU